AUGCAAGUUAUGGAUCAUAAUGUGGUGCGCCGAACAGUCAGAGCAAAAUUUGUAAACUCCUAUAUUGUGCUCCCGGCGGAACAGACACGAGGAGGCAUCUUCCUUGCGGUCAAUGAAGACUUCUUAGACCUCUCCGACAUUGUACUUACCGCGAACGCUAUAACCGCGCAGAUCAACAUGAGGGCAGAUGGAACAAGGUUGCAAAUUACAGUGGUAUAUGGCCCGCAAGGAGAGGCAGCCAAACUUCAAUUCCUCCAAGAACUGAAGAACAUUCCACCGCCGGAGAAUGAUAGAUGGCUCAUCGUGGGAGAUUUCAAUCUCAUCUACCAGGCGGAAGACAAGAACAACUCCAAUCUAAACCGCCGCCUCAUGGGGGCAUUUAGAGCGACGAUCGAUCAUUUGAGGCUCAAAGAAAUCAAGCUAAAUGGACGCCGCUUCACUUGGAGCAAUCAACAGGAAAACCAGACGCUCACUAGAAUUGACAGACUAUUAUGUACCCCCAAGUGGGAGUUGUUCUUCCCCUCGUGUUUCUUACACUCCCUUCCAUCGCUCAUGUCGGACCAUACCCCGCGGAUACUCUAG